CCGUCAAAACUGGGAGAGAGAGAGAGAGAGAGAGAGAUAGUCAGAACGGAACGGCAGAGCUCCUUCUCCCCUUCAGACAGAAAGAGAGAUAGUCAGAACGAACGGACGCGCUCAGAGGACACACGGAGCCGCUCUCGAUACAAACUACAGCAUGGCUAGGCGACCGAGACACAGUGUGUACAGUAGUGAGGAAGAUGAUGACAGUGAGAUGUAUGAACAUGACUAUGAUGGACCGCUGCCCAAGCCAAGCAAACGCCAUCUAGGCAAGACACGCUGGACACGAGAAGAGGAUGAGAAGCUGAAGAAGUUAGUAGAACAUCAUGGAUCAGAAGACUGGAAGCUCAUCACUAGUUUCCUACCUAACCGUACAGACGUUCAGUGUCAGCACCGCUGGCAGAAGGUUCUCAACCCAGAGCUCAUCAAAGGACCCUGGACCAAGGAGGAGGACCAGAGAGUUAUCGAACUAGUCCAGAAGUAUGGAGCCAAGCGUUGGUCCGUAAUCGCCAAGCAUCUGAAGGGUCGGAUAGGGAAGCAAUGCAGAGAGCGCUGGCACAACCACCUGAACCCCGAGGUGAAGAAGACUUCCUGGACCGAGGAAGAGGAUCAGAUCAUCUACCAGGCCCACGAGAAACUGGGCAACCGCUGGGCUGAGAUCGCCAAACUGCUGCCUGGCAGGACUGAUAAUGCCAUUAAGAACCACUGGAACUCUACGAUGCGUAGGAAAGUGGAGCAGGAAGGUUACCUUCAGCACGCCGCCGCCAAAUCUGUCCACGCAUCCCUCACCGUCUCUCCCGGUUACGCCAAGGCCAACAACCACAUCAUGAGCUUCUCUCACCACUCCCCUCUCCCGCCUCUCUCACCUUUCACAGGGAACCACUCCUAUAUUUCGGACCACAGGGUGCCCUUCCCCCGAGGGCUGCACGUCAACAUCCUGAACAUUCCACAGCACGGAACAGCUGCUAUACAGAGACAUUAUAGUGAGGAGGACCCAGAAAAGGAGAAGAGAGUGAAGGAGAUUGAGCUGCUGCUAAUGUCAACAGAGAAUGAGUUGAGGGGACAGCCUGCACUACCUAUCAACCCGUACUCCAGCUGGGCAGGUAGUGACAGCUCAGAAGGCGUGGCCACAUCGUGCCAUCACCACCAGGCCGCCGGCCCCUGCCUCCCCGAGGAGAGCGCCUCGUCCUCACGCAGCAACAACAGCAACAAUAACAACAACAACAACAACAACAACAACAACAGCAGCAGCAACAACAACAACAACAAUAGUCACCAUGGCAGCCACACCCUCUCCACCCUCCCGGAGUUCAUGGAGUCAGUCAUCGACUCGUUUCUCAACCAAUCGGCGAGCCCGGAAAGCUCAGACAGCGACAGCCUACCAAUGAGCUCCCAGAAACAUCUGCUGGCCACGCCUCUACACCGAGACCACACCCCCCGACCCCAGAAAAGAAAUGACAUGUUCAGGACUCCUACUAUCCGUCGUUCCCUCCUGGAGUUGUCUCCUCGUAAUCCGACCCCCUUCAGGUCUUCCAUGGUAGAGUGUAUAAAACAGGAACCUAUGGAACCUAUACCUAUCCUCUCGGUCGGGGACCAACAGCCAACCCUAAAGAAGAUCAAACGAGAGGUGGAGUCUCCCUGUCUGCAGUGGAAAGGGUCAGACCUCCCUACCCAGCUCUUCUCCCCCUCUGGCCCCGUCCAGGAAGUACCUGAUCUGCUGACACGUUCUGUGCUGAGUGAUGACAAACCCUACCACCUCUCCCUCCGGCCCCUGGCCAGCCCACUACAGCUCAACACAUGGGACCAAGUGGCUUGUGGGAAGGUGGAGGAUCAAGAACAGAACCACAAAUACAUCCACACUUACUCUGCCAGAACCUUGGUUAUGUAACAUACACACACACACACACACACACACACACACACACACACACACACACACACACACACACACACACACACGGGAUACAA